GCGGGGCGGAGCAGAGAGGGCCGGGUGGCGGCGGCGGCAGCGGUGGGCAGCUGCUCUCCCCGGAGCCAUGCCGGCUGCGCGCCUGGAGUACGUCGCGCCCUGGUGGGUGGUGUGGCUGCACAGCGUCCCGCACUUGGACCUGCGCCUGCAGCCCGUGGACAGCACCUUCAGGCCCCGCGAUGAGAGUUACCGAGAGUCGCUGCUGUUCCUGGGACUGGUGGCCGCCGUGGGCCUGGGCCUGAAUCUGGUCUUCCUGGUGGUUCGAGUGAUCUGCGUGUGCUGCUGUGGGCGACGCCAGGUGGUGCAGACAAAGCGGCGAGACUCAUGCUGCGUCACCUGGACGGCCGUGGUUGCUGGGCUGGUCUGCUGUGCCGCAGUGGGCGUCGGUUUCUAUGGAAACAGCGAGACCAGUGAUGGGGUGUACCAGCUGAUCUACUCCCUGGACAACGCCAACCACACCUUCUCUGGGAUCGAUGAGCUGGUGUUGGGAACCACCGAGAAGAUGCAGGUGGACCUGGAACAGCAUCUGGCCCGGCUCGGCGAGGUCUUUGCAGCGCGGGGCGACUACAUCCAAUCGCUGAAGCUCGUGCAGCAGAUGGCAGGCAGCAUCAUGGCCCAGCUGUCCGUUGUGCCUAAGUGGAGGGAGGUCAGCGCAGAGCUGACCGAGCUAGCCAAGCAGACCAGCUAUGUGGAGUAUUUCAGAUGGUUCUCCUACCUCCUGUUCUUCAUCAUGGACCUGGUCAUCUGCUUCCUGACCUGCCUGGGCCUGGCCAAGCGCUCCAGAUGUCUCCUGGUCUCGAUGCUGUGCUGUGGGGUGCUGACCCUGCUCCUCUGCUGGGCCUCGCUGGCCGUGGACACCGCAGCAGCAGUGGGCACCAGUGACUUCUGCACGGCACCUGACACCUUCAUCCUGAAUGUCACCGAGGGCCACGUCAGCACAGAGGUGGCCCGAUACUACUUGUACUGCAGUCAGAGCUCCAGCAGCCCCUUCCAGCAGGUCCUCACCACUUUCCAGCGCUCUCUGACCAGCAUGCAGACCCAGGUGGCGGGACUGCUGCAGUUCGCCCUGCCCCACUUCCCCACAGCAGAGAAAGACCUGCUUGAAAUCCAGCUCCUGUUGAACUCAUCAGAGUCCAGCCUCCACCAGCUGACGGCCAUGCUGGAUUGCAGAGGGCUCCACAAGGACUACGUGGACGGUCUCUCCGGCAUCUGCUACGAUGGUGUUGAGGGCCUGCUCUACCUCAGCCUCUUCUCCCUUUUGGCUGCCCUGGCCUUCUCCACUCUCGUCUGCACUGGACCCAGAGCCUGGAAGAUCUUUACCACCAGGGACAGAGACUACGAUGACAUCGACGAAGACGACCCCUUUAACCCCCAGGCCCGGCGCAUUGCCACCCACAACACCCCUCGGGGCCCUCUUCACAGCUUCUGCAGCUACAGCAGUGGCCUGGGCAGUCAGAUCAGCCUGCAGCCGCCCACUCAGACCAUCUCCAAUGCACCCGUGUCGGAGUACAUGAACCAAGCUGCACUUUUUGGAGGGAAUCCACGCUACGAGAACGUGCCACUCAUUGGAAGAGGCUCCCCCCCUCCCACGUACUCUCCCAGCAUGAGGGCCACCUACCUGUCUGUGGCUGAGGAACAGCACCUGAGGCACUAUGGGAACGAGUUUCCAGCCUAAGGCGCCGAGGCGGGGGCUUCCUGCCACCUUUGUCCUUUUAGAUCGCAUCACGGACAAAUGCAAGUGCGUUUCCUUCAUAGAAACCCAGAGCAUCUGGACAUCGCGUGGCAGGAUGAAGGCUCCCACUGCGGCAGAAGAGCGGCAGAGACUCAGGGAGGAGCUGACAGGCUGGCUGACAUUCCUGACCAAAGCCCCAGGCAGAACAAGACUCUCAGGCUUUUGCCUCUCCUUCUGCCUUCCUCUCUACACAGGGAUCCCCCAGGUGCCAGCCCUCCUGGAGCCCAGGGGCCUGGUGUGAUUUGCUCCUAUGUCCCUUACCCAGUGGGGAGUGGCAGUGAGGAGGGUCGGGGCCAGGCUGGAGGUCACCACAACCAGGAUCGAAGCCCAGGUGACCAGCCUGUCUGAGCUAUGGUUGCACCGGCUGCACCGUGGGCAGUGUUUUUCAGCAAGGAAAGAUGGGAGGGCUGAUCAGAGAGGGAGAUAGUGUCCUGGAUGAGACCAGGUCCUGUGCUCACUGGUCUUCUGCAGCUGGGUGGACUUUUCCAAGGUCCCUAAGCGGAAGUGCUGGGGAGCUCUGCCUGGGAAGCUGGCGACUGCGAACUGAGAGACCAGACUCAUCCCUGACAGGCUUCUGCAGUAGGAACGUCGGCAAAAACUACGUCCUACUUUUCUCCCCGUGCCCUUCUGUCUGUCCCCUCUCCUUCCCAGCCUCAAUGCUGUGAGUUUGUCAGCUGCAGCUAGGGAUGCUCUCAGGUAUUAACAGACAAGUUGAAAGCAACUUUAGCUUUUUUUUUUUUUUUUUUCCUUCACCAGAGCACUGCUCAGCUCUAGCUUAUAGUGGUGCGAGGGAUUGAAUCUGGGACUUUGGAAUCUCAGACUUGAGAGUCUCUUUGCAGACUUUAACUCUUUAUUCCCCAGUGUGUUAAAUAACCUGAUCCAAAGAAUGGAAAUACAUAGCACAUCUGACUUUUA